AGGGACAAAAGGGCGCCGGACCCCCGCCAGCCUCCAGCUGGGGCAAAGCAUAAAGCUGAAGAAAUGGCGUUGAUUGCACGCCAAAAUUCUUUGUUUUAUCCCUAACCCCACGCUGAAUGUUCUAGAACGCCGUUACCACUGAUUGCAUCCUUGUAGUAUUUGAUUUAAUCCGACCCACUACCCACUAUGCGUGUAUAAAAAGAUAUUUCCCCUCACCGCUCUUUUGUCAUUGUCCGGACUGCAAUUAUCCGUUUCUUUGGACGAGUUGAAGGUGAGAGAGUUCCCAUUUCAAUGGCGUCGAAGAGGAUACUGAAGGAGCUGAAGGAUUUGCAGAAGGACCCUCCGACGUCUUGCAGCGCCGGUCCUGUUGCAGAAGAUAUAUUUCAUUGGCAAGCAACAAUCAUGGGGCCUUCAGAUAGCCCUUAUUCUGGAGGUGUAUUUUUAGUUUCAAUUCACUUCCCUCCUGAUUAUCCCUUUAAGCCUCCUAAGGUUGCUUUUCGGACGAAGGUGUUUCACCCAAACAUCAACAGCAAUGGAAGCAUUUGCCUCGACAUCCUGAAAGAUCAGUGGAGUCCUGCCUUGACCAUAUCAAAGGUCCUAUUGUCCAUCUGCUCAUUGUUAACUGAUCCAAACCCCGACGAUCCUCUGGUGCCUGAAAUCGCUCAUAUGUACAAGACGGAUCGGGCCAAAUACGAGUCCACCGCCCGUGGCUGGACGCAGAAGUAUGCCAUGGGAUGAUAGUUAUUCAGUGUCAGGCAUGUCCUAAAACCUUAUCAAUGCUAAUGUUGUUUUAGUUUCUGCUUUGGAGGGGAAAAAAGAGUACCAACAUAUUAUCUCAAUUUGUGAAUAUCAUCAAUUUGGAUCAUUUCUGCAAAUCAAGGAAAUGAAAGUCUGUAUUCGAUGUAAUGUUUUCAGAUAUCUUGGCUAUUCUCUACCCUUUGCAAAUUUAGAUGAAUACUUUGUUGUUGUCUGCUCAAA